AUGGACCUGCCCACCUUCAGCUCCAGCGCCUUCCCUCCCAGUGCCUUCACUAUGAGCGACCAAGACAUUUCAUUCAGUUCGCAGCCAGCCUUCCAGGCCCCGAGCUAUGAGAGUUCUCCUCAUGCCUCUGUCCCCUGCACCACCAUGCGGUCCACCAUCACCCUCACUCCCAGCAACCUCAGUGCCACCAUUGGCCUCGGCAGCGCUAGCCUGCCAGCCAACCCAGGACACCAUUUCCAGCCUGCCUCACAGCUCCCCAUCCCACUCCCCACUCUCCCAUCCAGCCCUGUCCUUCCCACAGAGUCCACUUCAGCAGAUCUUGCCCUCAACAGCCUCUAUCAGUGUCUUCUUCACUCGCUCGCUCCUCUGUUUCUCCCUCCUCUCCCCUCAUCCCCCCAGACCCGCCCAGCAACAACAGGGUUCCACCUGCUGUGGUCUCACUGCCUGCCAGCUACAAGGGAACACCAAGCACUCUCCCAAGCCCAUCCUGAAAAAGGCAUAACAGCUCGGCCGUCUUCCUCUCGCUCCACAGAUGAAGAUAUCCAGGGCUCUAAAGAUGCCCUCAUCCAGGAUCUGGAAAAGAAGCUACGCUCAAAGGAGGCCAGGAGAAAAACUGGCCAGAAACUAUCCUAUGAGGAGCGUAUGGCACGCAGGCUGCUGGGUCCAGACAGCGCCACCUAUGUGUUCGACCAAGACAAUAUGUCAGACUCGAAACCUGACCAGCCAGAUUCUCCAGAUGGAAGGCACACAGGAGGACUCUGGGGGAGGCACCACACAAGGACAGGUGAGAGGGGGAGCGAAGGAUCAGCUAUCCAGGAGAAAUGUUACGCUCCUCGCUUCCUGCAGAUCCCCUCGGACCUGACUGUGGAGGAGGGACGCUUCUGUAGGAUUGAUUUCAAGGUCGGAGGACUUCCCACCCCAGAUAUCUGCUGGUACCUGGAUGGCAAAGCUAUUCGCCCAGAUGACUACCAUAAGAUGUUGGUGUGUGAGAAAGGGUUGCACUCAUUCAUCAUUGAGAUUGUCACUGUGCACCAUGCUGGUGUGUACGAGUGUGUGGCCAGAAACCGAGCUGGGGAGAGCAGGUUCACCAUGAGGCUGGAUGUAAUAGCUCAGGAGGUUCUCCGUCCUCCCACCUUCUACAAAAGGAUGUUAAACUCCAGAGCUUUAGAGGGCGACACUGUACGGUUAGAGUGUAAGGUUGAUGCUUCCCCGCCUCCGCAGCUCUACUGGAAAAAAGACAAAGAAAUGCUGCGCAUUGACCCAAACAGAAUGAGCCUGUACCAGGAUGGAUCAGGCCGGCAGUGUUUGCUAAUCGAACCCGUGAUGAAGUCUGACGCCGGCUGGUACACUCUGUCUGCCAUUAAUGAAGCCGGCAUGUCCACAUGCAACGCCAGGCUGGAUGUUGGCACUCGAACAACUCCUGCUGUGAAAACGGCGCCCCCUGGCUCAAAGGCGUUGAAGCUUCUGUCCCCUACUCAGACAUUGGAGAGGCCCGCUCAGCACACCGCCCCUCUGUAUGAGAGUGAAGAGCUGUAAAUUAUGUCACGCAUCUCAAAAUCAUAACCUCCGGGCUGUGACACAGAACUGGACCUGAGCCUGUCAGAGCAGAGACCGUACCAAAGAUGCUUGUGUUCAACACGUCAGAUUUUUUUUUUUCCUGAGUCUCGAGUUUACACUUAGAAAAAAUGUCAUUGAAUCUUUCACUUUGUCUGGGGG